AUGCCUGGCAAAGGAAAAGCGGGAAAGUCCAAAACUGGCAAAGCCGUCAUCGCAAGUCAAGAAGGAGAAAGAAAAAAACCUCAAACCAGUUCCUCCAAAGCCGGCCUACAGUUUCCCGUCGCGCGUAUUCGCCGCGCACUGAGGAAAAAUAACCCAAAAAAGCGAAUUGGUGCAGGAGCAGCUGAACAAGUAUAUCUCGCUGCUGUCCUUGAGUAUCUUUGCGCAGAAAUACUUGAACUUGCUGGAAAUGCUGCCCGCGAUCAUAAGAAGCGACGUAUCAUCCCUCGUCAUCUUCAACUUGCUAUUCGAAACGACGAAGAGUUGAGCAAGAUGCUGGGGUCGGUGAUCAUCAGCCAGGGUGGUGUUGUGCCCCACAUUCUUCCCGAGCUUCUUCCGCAAAGGUCAAAGGCCAAGACUGAUACCUCCCAAGAGCUCUAAUUCUUGUCUCGACUUUUCGGCCAUGUGUAGGAGAUUCACUGCUAUCAGAUAUUUACUGUACCAUAUGCGUUUAUUCCUAGUGUAACAUAAUAACGAUAUAGUUGUCGAAAAAAA